CAGCCCCCGCGUUCCCCGGGUUCGUGUCCCGCGUCCCGCGCUGCUCCGGGCGCCGGUCCCGCCGCCCCUGGUUCCCCGUCCCGCUUGUCGUCCCGCCCUGCCCCGCCGCCAUGCCGUUCCUGGGGCAGGACUGGCGCUCCCCCGGGCAGAGCUGGGUCAAGACGGCCGAUGGCUGGACGCGCUUCCUCGACGAGAAGAGCGGCGGUUACGUCGGCGACAUCAGCAGCUUUUGUAAAAAGGAUGAUCACAACAAAGAGAAUCUCUUCAACAGCCUGAACUAUGAUGUCGCUGCCAAGAAGAGAAAAAAAGACCAGAUUAAUAACAAAGCCAAGGUUCAAUAUUUCCACCAGGAGAAGUGGAUCUAUGUUCACAAGGGAAGCACAAAAGAGCGCCAUGGUUACUGCACCUUGGGAGAAGCCUUCAACCGGCUUGACUUCUCCAGUGCUAUCCUGGACUCCCGGCGAUUCAACUAUGUUGUGAGGCUGUUGGAGCUGAUAGCAAAGUCUCAGCUGACGUCACUGAGUGGCAUUGCCCAGAAAAAUUACAUGAACAUUUUGGAAAAAGUGGUGCAGAAAGUCCUUGAAGAUCAACAGAACAUCAGGCUAAUACGGGAGUUGCUGCAGACCCUUUACACGUCCCUCUGCACAUUGGUUCAACGGGUGGGCAAGUCUGUCCUGGUUGGAAACAUCAACAUGUGGGUGCACAGGAUGGAGAGUAUUCUCCACUGGCAGCAGCAACUGAACAACAUUCAAAUUACCAGGCCUGCCUUUAAAGGAACCACUUUCACAGACCUGCCAUUGUGUUUACAACUGAACAUCAUGCAGAGACUGAGUGAUGGGAGAGACCUGGUUAGCCUUGGGCAGGUGGCUCCUGACCUCCAGGUGCUCAGUGAAGACCGGCUGCUGUGGAAGAAGCUCUGCCAGUACCACUUUACAGACAGACAGAUUCGCAAACGGCUAAUCUUAUCUGACAAGGGACAGCUGGAUUGGAAGAAGAUGUACUUUAAGCUCAUAAGGUGUUACCCACGGAAGGAGCAGUAUGGUGACACGCUGCAGCUGUGCAGGCAUUGCCACAUCCUCUCCUGGAAGGGUACUGAUCACCCUUGCACAGCCAACAACCCAGAGACUUGCUCCACCUCUCUUUCACCACAGGACUUUAUCAACUUGUUCAGGUUCUGAACUUGGGUCACCGCAGCUUACGCGAUUCUUACAGGACACUUUAUGCCACUGAGCUUGGACACUCCGUUUGUAAAUAGUGUAAAUAUUCAUGUUUGUUCAAAGCUCCUGAGUCAAGCAGCAAGAGGAUCUCGGAGAUGAAAGGUGAAAUUACUCACUGACGUGCAGCACUUAAGGAAUACAGACUCCUGUAGGACUGGUGUAUACAUGCAGCAUGUUGUACAGAGUCCCUUUUUUAUGAUCAGAGUACAAGAUACAGGGCAAAAAAACCUUCAUUUUUCAUUUUUAGAAGUUAAAAAUGAAUUUGCCCCACAACUAUGAGAACUCUUUUGGUUUGUUUCUAAUAGAGAGAAAGCAAUAUGAGGCUAGGACUGUUGAACUGUUUAUCCAUCUGGUUUUAUUUAGCAUACAUAUUUAUAAAUAUGACUUUUUAAAAAUAUUUAUGAAAAAUAUCCCUGUGACAAGUUUAAUAAUACUUUUGUGUUUAAAAUGGACACAUUCUGAAAUACUUAGGAUAGAAACUCUAGCCUACUUGUAAAAGAAUCGCACCAUACCACUUUCUACCUCUAAUAGAUUUGAGUACCUUUCAAACAAAAAUCCAGUGUACAAUGUGAACUUUUGUAUUUUGUACAACGAUUUUAAAGGGAAAUGUUUGUGAUAGUAAGCAUCUUUUCUUGUAUUAAUGCUUACCUCUUUACAUGAGUUUUCUUUCUAUACUCAGUGCUUGAAUGCCUACGUGAUAGGCACCAUAUAAAUACCUAAGACUUACUCCAUCCUCUUUUAAUUUGUUGGUUUUAUGAAAGACUAAGCAAAAGGGAAAAGAGAAGCCACAAGAAUGAAGAUUAUCUAAAAGGGAGAAAGUUCUAUUAUAGAGAAACAAGGGACUGGAUUUAAUCUUACAAUGUAAAUUGCAUCAACUCCACUAGGUUAAUUGCACUGGUUGAAAACCCAAGUGAGGUUAGAAUCCGGUUCUUCAAAGUUUCCCUUGUUUUCCAAGAUGUACACUGCUCUGUAUUCCCACUGCUGUCAAGUGAAUUUGGUCAUUUUGGAGCUGGUAAAAUACAGGAAGAACUGGGCUGUUGAGCGUAGCGAAAUGAUGCUGUUUUUAUUCACUGGAGGACUGGUAGCAUCGUAGUUUAAUUUCAGACUAUUGGAGUGCAGAGUGAUGAGCAAGACAGCAUGAAGAAAUAGGUCAGCAUUUUCCUAAACCCGGCAGUCAGGACUGGGCUAAGCAAGGGAUUUCCAGCAUGUCACUUGACAUCUUUGGUUAUUCCUCCAUGCCAGUGGUAAAGAUCCAGCCCAGUCCUUUCUGCUUCCAGUGCUGAGUUCUUUAUAGGAUCUUCUGACACUUGCCUAGGGCUAAAUUUUCAGUCCUUUGGAAAAAGUGGCCAGACUAACUUCACUGUGGCUGUGAUCCCACUCAUCAUGACCUCUGUUGCAUACCACACUGCACUUUAUCCUACAGGGGAGCUAGAAAAAUCCAACUCAUAUAUAACAGUUGGAAAACCUGCAGUGGAAUUUUUUUGUCAUUUGCCAGUAGAUUUCCUGUGUAGCACUUUCUCUGUGCAUGAUGUAAGCAGGAUACCUCGGAAGGGUAAAUAUUUAGUGGGCUGUGUGUGACUAUGUACAAAGAAUUGUGAGGAAGAGGAGUACUCAGGACAAUUCAGGAAGAACUACUUGAGUUAAUUAUUGUUAAAUAUUCUGUUCCUUUUUUUACAUUUUUAUAACUGACUCUUAACACUUUUCUGCAGCUUUUUGUAUCUUUAAAAAUUGACAGUAUUUGCGUUUUUGCAAACUAAAUCACUUUGCAUACUCCUGGAAGAGAAGCAAAAAGGGAAAAAAGCUGCCUCUAGAUGGAGCAGUGCAGAAGGUGGGAGGAAGACCAGGAAAACGCUGAUAAAAACUGUCCCUUCUCCUGCCUUCCAACAGCAAACCCAAGCUUUUGCUCUUCUAGAGAGCUCUAAGAGCCUGUCCCACUCCUAGUCAUGGCCCAGAGCUUGGCAGUCUCCAGAGAUGAGGAGAAAACACGUGAGUUAGGAAGCUUGAUCGUGGUGUUGAUGCCCCAUCCAUCAGUUUGACUGCGGCUGGAAAACAUAAGCCUGCUGAUGGUUUUCAUGUCAAGUGAAAGUGAUUUAAAAGCUGUUACCUUGGAAAAAAGAACUUAUGCUUGUCUGGGGGGGUGUUUGUAAGUGAAGAAGGCCAGUUUCUGUUUUUAUUCCUGUAUUGACAGCAGCGGAUAAAUGAGGCUGAAAUCUGGCUUGGUGAAUGAGGACAUGAAGGACAGAAACAUGCAAGUGAAGGGAGUGAAGCAUUGCCACUGUAUUUGGUUAUUCCUGUAGCUCCUUUUUCUAGCAGUGAGAGGACCCUGUGCUCCUUGGCAUCUUCUGUUUCCAGCUCUCACUUGGGGAUUGUUUGCUUGUUUCAUAGUCUCAUCCUUGCCACCCAUAGUGAGGCAACCUGUUGAGAUGGGGAGGCAGCAGGACUUCAGUAUGAAAUGCUGGGGGGUUGCCUAGUCUGAAUCCAUGCUUAGCAGAUACCACUUAUCCACUGUGAGACUGUGACAAUGGGUGAAUUCUAAGCUCAGGUUUGAAUCUGACCUAGUGUUUUUCCUGUAGAGCAGGACAGAAAAUCCCAGCAUUUGGCUGCAGUUUGGGUACAUCUCAGCUCCAGCCAUUGCCUCUGUCAGCCUUUCACUGGUCUUGAGCAAAGAAUUUAUUCUUUGUCCUCUGUCCAGAGAGCAUGGGUCAUGCUGAAAAUAUAAUCUGCAACUGAGGCUCCUAUUAACAAAACUUAUUUCAAUUAGUGUGUUUUUAUUUCUUAGCACUGUGUAGAUCUUAAAGGAUAACAGUGCUGAGAUGACUUGUUAAUACCUGCAGACUCUUGUCGUGUUGCUUGGGCAGGGUGCUGGGAUGUUGCUGUCAGUGUCCAAAGCAGCAGAAAACCAAGCAACUGCUGUACUGCAGAACAAAAAGGGCUAAGCAAAAAGAAACAAAAUAAGCCUCAUUCAGUUACUGCUUCAGUCAUUACCCUCCUGCUACAGCAACUGUCAAAUAAGACCUUUAUCUCUUUGGGAGACUCAUUGUUUCUUGAGUGACUGGUACGGGGCGAUAGCGUGGUGAACGAAAUACUCUUGUAUUUAAAAUAAAUGUUUUUGCAUCAAAAUUUCAUAGUCUAACCUCUUACAAACAAAGCGACCAGUAUUUUAGCAGUGCAAAGGCAUCUGCUUGGCUGAGGAUGGCAGGGUAACAAAAGCAGCUGUGGUAACAGGGGCUUUCAGGCAGGAUGGUGUUAGGCUGCUCUUGUGCAAAAAGGACCUCUUUAUUUUAGGACAGUUGUGGUAAAGCUGUAAUGAAGGGAAAACAGGCUUUUACUUACAUUUUGGUAACAGAAUGUACUUUGCAAACGGCAUUUCACCUUCCAGUUAGUUGAUGCAUUCCCAUUAGACAUGCAUCAGUUCUUGUACUGGGGAAGGAGGGUUUUUUCUCUCUUCGUGGUAUUCUCCUGGAAGCAUAUCCAGAGAAAUCUCAUUACCUUCAGAGGAUGUGUUAACCAGUGCAGCAGUGUGGACCGUGGUGCUGUGAAGAGGAAAAAUAGAUCCAUGCAGGAGAGGAAGCUUAGGAAGAGAGGGAUCCCAGAGGUGAUCUGUUUCAGCUUGCUAGAAGAGGCAGGUAUUUGGAGUUUGUUCUUAAUGUGAUAGCCACUUCAAGAGGCACAAUUUCAGCUGUACAUACCUUAAGCCAUUUAUACUAACUAUGGUAUGGUAAAGUUUGAUCAUAAAAUGUGUGCACAUGCUCUUAGAUUGUUUGGGUUUCCUUUUUAAUUGUGUUUCUAGAUCCUUUUAUUUUGUAAAGUGAUUAGGAAAACUUGUAUUGCUCUGAAGACAUUGCUUUGUAUGUAAACAUUUAAUUGCACCCUGCCACUUUCUGUAUAUGAGAGUAUCUUUUUUUAUUCUUUGCCAUCAGGUUUUGAACUGUUUGUUUUCCCAUUUCUGUUUGACUUCAAAUAUUCUUGCAGAGUUACCACCUUCUAGAACAUAUGCAGGUACUAAACCACCUUUUCCUGCCCAGGAAAUUCCUUAUCCCUUAGUAGCUAAAUUUGACUUAGAACAGGAACAUUUCAAAUUCUGUUAUGGAGCUAAUAAAUCAGAUGUGCUGUUUCAUGCUUAUCUUCUGCUUGGUACAGCAGAUCAGUGUUGUCCUCUGAGGUUGCUUUUUAAACCCACUGCACAGCUUCCCUGUAGAUCAGCACCUAGGCAAAAAAAACAGCUUUAAAUUAAAAUGCCAUUCUUUCUAGCUGGCCUGUUUGCAAAAACAUAGACACUGUGGAGCUGAUGGCUGACCAGGUUGAUAAAGACUCACUUUUAUAAGGUUCGGGACUCUUGCAUUCUGCUUGUGCUACUUUUUGUAGCUUCGUUCUUAUGCUGAGGCUUGGUCCAAGGCUGUGAAGAUGUGGCCAGCCAUCCCCACAGCUGUCAGCAGUGGUUGCAGGGCUGUGGGAGUCUCUUUACUCGUGCCUGAUUUCUAUCCCAUGUCGUCCUCUGGUGAUUUCAUUGGUAGCAAAUCGGCUUUGCAGGCCCAAAGCCCCAGUGAGAACAAAUCCGUAUUGUCCUUGACACAUGCAGUCUCCAGUAUAUUAAUACCUUGGAACACCUGAAAAAUUCCCCCUCCAUUGACCAAGCACAGCCCUUUUUCCACCUGGAAGGGCAACUGAGGGUGGAACUUGAGUUUCCUUAGCCAUUGUGUGCUGCAGAGAAUGCUAACAGGUCAGCUACCAAGAGAACAUUUUAAUUUGAAAUAGCAAGUAUGCUCAUCUUUAGGAACUAAUCUGCAGUAAUUAUAAAUACCUACUUAUAUAUGGAAGAGAGUGUGUGUUCUGUUUUGGCUUUCCUCUAAGUUGUAAGUAGAGAUUCUGAGAAGUGAAAGGCAUCCCUUGUAUAAUAAGACUCCUGUUUAAUAUUAUUGUGUGGUUAAAAUCCUUCCAUUAUAAAUUUGCACACUUUUUUCUUUUUCCCUUGCAUGUUCAACUCUGAUUUUUACAGCUGUUCUGUGCAGACAGUAAUGUAUUUUUGUAAAACAUUUUUGACACUGAAUUGCAAUAAAUGUUCAAACAAUGUGAA